AUGGCUGCCACUGCCUUCCCCUCUUCAUCUUCAUCUUCAUCUUCUUCUUUCCAUUCCAACCGAACUUACGAUGUUUUCUUGAGUUUUAGAGGUAAAGACACGCGCAAAAAUUUCACCGACCACCUCUAUUUCACUCUCGACAAUGCCGGAAUCAAGACCUUCAGAGAUGACAAUGAACUCCGAAGAGGAGAAGAUAUUUCAUCCGAAUUGUUGUCGGCCAUCGAAGGGUCUAAAAUUUCUAUUAUCGUCUUUUCUAGGGACUACGCGGCUUCUACGUGGUGCUUGGAGGAACUUGUAAAGAUCAUGGAGUGCCGAAGAACGGUGAGGCAGUUCGUUCUGCCUAUCUUCUACGAUGUUGAACCAUCGGAUAUGCGCUACCAAACCGGUAGUUUUGCGCAAGCAUUUUCGAAAUAUGAAGAGCUUUAUUUGUCAAACAUAGACAAGGUACUUAGGUGGAGGAGUGCUCUAAGGGAAGCUGCUAAUUUGUCAGGGUGGGUUCUAAAAAACACAGCGGAUGGGCACGAAGCCAAGUUUAUUAACAAAAUUGUUAAAGAGGUUUCAAGGGAACUUAACAGCACAUACUUAUUUGUUACACUCUACCCAGUUGGAAUAGAAUCUCGUGUGAAAGACAUCACUUCAUUGUUAAGGGUUGGAGCCGAUGAUGUCCGCAUGUUAGGCAUAUGGGGAAUUGGUGGAAUGGGGAAAACAACCAUUUCUAAAGCCAUAUAUAACGAACUUUUCCAUAGUUUUGAGGAUAAAAGUUAUCUUGCAAAUAUUAGGGAAACUUCUAAGCAACCUUAUGGCCUCGUUCGAUUACAGGAGCAACUUCUUUCUGAUAUCUUGAAGACAAGAAAGAUAAAGGUGAAUGAUGUUAAUAGAGGAAUUACUAUGAUACAAGAAAGACUUCGUGAUAGAAGUGUACUUAUUAUACUUGAUGAUGUAGACAACUUGGAGCAACUUGAUGCCAUAACAACUAGAAGUCGUGACUGGUUUGGCCGAGGAAGUAGGAUUAUUAUAACGACUAGAGAUGAGCAAAUGCUAAAGGUGCUUCAAGUGGACGAAGUAUAUACAACCAAAGAAAUGAGCGAAAAAGAAUCUCUAGAACUCUUUAGUUGGCAUGCCUUUAGGAAUGGUUAUCCCACCGAAGAUUAUAUGGAAUUGUCAAGAAGUGUCGUUGCUUAUUCUGGAGGACUACCGCUAGCUCUUGAAGUUUUGGGUUCUUUUCUAUUCUCUAGGAGCAUGGAUGAUUGGAAAGACACGUUAGAGAAAUUGAAAAGAAUCCCUAAUGAUGAAAUUCAAACAAAACUUCGAAUAAGCUAUGAUGCAUUAAGUGACGAUACUCAAAAGGAUAUAUUCCUUGAUAUAUCAUGUUUCUUUAUCGGAAUGGACAAAGCCUAUGUCACACAAAUAUUGAAUGCCUGUGGUUUUUCUGCAAAGAUUGGAAUUAGCGUCCUCAUCCAGAGGUGUCUUCUUUCAGUUGGUGAGAGAAACAAGCUCGUAAUGCAUAAUUUAGUUCGAGACAUGGGAAGAGAAAUUGUUCGCGAAGAAUACCCCAAAAUUCCAGGAAAGCGUAGUAGAUUAUGGCUGCAUGAUGAUGCACUUGAUAUAUUGGCAAAGCAUGAGUUAAAUCCACCAAUUAAUAUGGAUGGAAAGUAUAGAAUGUGA